CAAACAUAAAAACACCUGAAAGUGGGAAAAGAGGAAGUGAAGCUUUCUGGGCAGCCUCUAUUUUCUCAGCUUCACUUCUUUCUUUCUUUUUUUUUCGUAGAAACCCACUGUGGGAGAGUUAUUGGAGUUGACAAGCCCGCUUCACUACUGUAUCUACCCCCCUCGUCUUCCUCCACCUCUUUCUCCUCCUCCGUCUCCUCCUCUCCCGCUCCACAGAACCAGGAAAUCGUCGAGGUGUGCUCCUUUAUCCCACUACCCAGUUUGCGGCUUUAGAUGUGCUGUUUCCCCCACCCCCUCCUCCUCUCCGCUUUUGGACGGUGUAGUUUUUAUUUCAUCGCGGUGACUCUGUAAACACCGGGCUUCACCGCUGAAGUCAUCCGAAGUUGCCUUCGAGGAGAGGAGCUCCACUCUGGCCGAACAAUGAGUGAGUCAAGUAUUUGCCAGGCUCGGGCCACUGUGAUGAUCUACGAUGAUGGCAGUAAAAAGUGGCUCCCGGCAGGUACCGGACCCCAAGCCUUCAGCAGAGUCCAGAUCUUUCACAACCCUUCUAACAACGCCUUCCGGAUAGUCGGCCGCAAGAUGCAGACAGAUCAACAGGUGGUUAUAAACUGUCCCAUUGUAAGAGGGCUCAAAUAUAACCAGGCCACACCCAAUUUUCACCAGUGGCGAGAUACCAGACAAGUUUGGGGGCUCAACUUUGGCAGCAAAGAAGAUGCUACUCUGUUUGCCAAUGGCAUGGCUCACGCUCUGGAUGUCAUCAACUCCAUGGCAGAUGCAGGUUAUGCAACCCUCCCCCGCCCAGUGUCAAAUGGACCUUCUCCUGAAGAGCUCGAACAGCAGCGGAGGUUGGAGCAACAGAGGCUUGAACAGCAGGAACGAGAGCGACAGGAGAGAGAGCGGCAGGAAAGAGAACGACAAGCCGCUGCAGUCCAUGUCCCUCCAGCUCCACCAAUGGCCCCUGGAGGUCUAGCUCCUCCUCCAGCCCCUCCAGCUCCUCCAGCUCCUCCACCCCCCCCUGGCCCUCCCCCGGCGGCGGGCAUCCCUCCUCCUCCUGGACCGCCUCCCACAGGACCACCACCAGCUCCACCACUGCCUGCUCCAGGUGGAGGCGGAGACGGUGGCGGAGGUGGAGAUGGCGGUGGAGGAUUAGGGGGAGCUGGAGGCUUGGCAGCUGCCCUUGCAGGAGCUAAACUCCGCAAAGUGUCCAAGCAGGAGGAAGGUGGUUCUGCAGCUCCAGCAGCCAGAACAGAGUCGAACCGCGUCAGCAAUUCCUCCAUGGGAGGGGGAGGUGGCGGCGGUGGUGGUGGUGGUGGAGGAGGUGGUAGCAGUGGAGGCGGAGGAGGGGGAGGAGGAGGAGGAGGGGGUCUGAUGGGCGAAAUGAGUGCCAUUCUGGCACGCAGGAGAAAAGCUACAGAUACAGGAGAGAAGCCUGCCGUGAAGACGCAAGAUAACGAUGAUUCAGAGCCUCAAGGUCAAAAUGAUUCAAUAAGAAGACCUUGGGAGAAAACGUCCAUGAUUAGGAAUAACUCCAUCCCCAAGAGCAUGGACACCACUUCCUCAGUGUCCCAAGCUCCAAGGGCGAAGAAUGCAAGCAAUAAUAAUGAUGCAGGUGGAGCUGACAGCUCUGAUUUAGACAACCUUAAACAGGAGAUCCUGGAGGAGGUGCGGAAAGAAUUACAAAAAGUCAAGGAGGAAAUUAUUGGAGCCUUUAUUCAGGAACUUCAAAAGAGAAGCACAUAGUUCUGCUGAGUUGUCUGGUUGGACCGAGGGUUGUGAUGCGGUGAGGAAGUUUAGCCACAUCUUGCACCAACAACUCCCAGGGAUUUCUCCUCCUUCACCUUUUCUCUUUUUCUUCUAUCAAUCUUAAAUUCAAGAGAGCAUUCUUGCUUAUUUGUACAACAAAAACUUUCGUUUCAUGUCAAAUAUAACCCAGGGACUUCCUCACGUCACCAUCCAGCACUUCGGAUGAUGCUACUUGUGUCCACUCCCUUAUGCUGUCAGAUGCAUUAUUACUGAUAGAGCACUCUUCAGUAUUCAGGGAACGUUUUACUUAAAUUUUCUUUUUUUCUUCACUGUAAUAAUGGAUAAUUUUUUUUACUAAAAUGUUAUGGUUACUUAAUAGUUUUAAGUUGAAAUUGCUGAAUUCAAGGAUGGAUCUGGAUAUCAAACUCAUUCAUCUCCUUCAAGACUUUGACCUUCCAGGAAGGACGCAACUCAAAAAGCCUUCACUGCUGCAACAAAGAGAUGCUUGAGGAAGAGGAGUCGAGCAAAAGGGAAUCUAUUGGACGAGCCGAGUGCUGUGAAAGAAGAGUGUGUUGUAGUUUUAUCAUUUGUGAGAACUUUUUCUCUUUGCAUUGCACUUGUUCUGGAGGAGGUGUGUCUGCGCCACACUGCCUUGAUAGACUAUUCCCUCUCACUCAAAACAAGACAUUAUCUGUCGGCCAAUGCAGUGGUGGUCCUACUGUCUACUGUGCUUCUGCCGGUUAUUUUGCUUUUAUUACCGAUAUGUUUUUUUUAUAAUUUUUUUUUUUGAAACAUGAGAAAAUGGCCAUAAUGAGGUCAAUUAAUUUGGCCGUGACCAACUGCCUUGAGAAUAAAUCUAUAUAUAUAUAUAUCUAUCUAUAUAUAAGGAAUUAUAUAUAUUUGUUUUGAGGGAAAAUGUUAGCAAAAAUUUAAAUCGUAUUUCUAUUUUAAUUGAUGACUGGUGAGUGGGGAUUUCUUUUUCCGUUUUUUUUCCAAUGAUUGUUUUUUUCUCAUGAAAUGUUUUUUGGGGGGUUUUCUUUUUUUUUCUAAUAGUCUAGACUUUUUACACUGAAAUAUAAAGAAAACAGCUUAGACACUGGACUAGCAAUGCCUUUAUAGUCAAAUACAGCUGCUUCUUAAAAUUCA